AACUCAACACUUCUGACCAUACACGGUGAAUAUGAAGUCCGUAAAGCCCUCGCAACACUCAACACUUCUGACCAUAAACCUUCAGGGCCAGUCGUGGUCCUCUCCACUGGCGACAAACCCAUACAAAGUUUAUCUGAACUUCUUCUCAGGCUUGGAAAAGGAGGACAUCAAGUCAAAAUAAAACUAUUGGAUUCCUUCUGGGCCAAGGAAACUCCGCUUGCUGACUGCGCCAAGUUGGAACCUUUCAUCAAAGAAGGAUAUGGGGUUUCCGUGCUCUCAUUCAUGGGUCACUUGAGGGAGAGCACGCUGCAGAAUUUGGGGGCCAAGCGCCUUCGUAAAAUUGGCCUUCGACUUGAAACGGCGUCUGACGUGGACCUCUUCAACGCCAGCCCUGCAAUUGAUUGCUAUAGACACAUUUGCAUCUCGAAGAGGGUUUCAGCGAACGACUUCUUAACAAAGAUCAGAAGAGGAAAACUCUUGUGCAUCCAUGUGGUGGCUCUGGAGGACAAGGAUUUGAGUUGGUUCACAAAAGUAUUGGAGAAGUUGAUCCCCGACAAGAGCGACACGGAGAUCUACUUGCCUGCCUGCAGCCUGACCGACAGCGGAGUCAUGAAGUUGUUGCAAGAUGCCAGAACAUUGGGUGGCAUCAAGCGACUCUGGUUCGAGAAAGAUAUUUUCCCGCCAUUGGAAAAGGUUCUAUUAGAAUCAGCUGCUGAAUUGACAAGAAUUAACCUGGAAUGGGAUUUCACUCACAUUUGAAGCAGAGAAGUAGGCACAUAACUAAGACCCCCUUAUCUUGUCCUACACUAAAUCCAGCAAUCGAUCGGAAACUGUCAUCAUUAGAUUAAUGACUAGCGAAAUUUCUGCGUUGAUUAAUCAUCAUUAAU